CACUUCAUUUUCUCUCCUAGGUUUCUGCUGCCAGAGAAGAGGUGCCAGGACGCCGGGGCUUCCCUGGUUACAUGUACACUGAUUUGGCCACCAUUUACGAGAGAGCUGGCCGAGUUGAGGGCAGGAAUGGGUCUAUUACACAGAUUCCUAUUCUAACCAUGCCCAACGAUGAUAUUACUCACCCCAUCCCUGAUCUGACUGGGUACAUCACUGAAGGUCAGAUUUAUGUAGACAGGCAACUGCACAACAGACAGAUCUACCCCCCGAUCAACGUGUUGCCCUCUCUGUCUCGCUUGAUGAAGUCUGCCAUUGGGGAGGGAAUGACCAGGAAAGAUCAUGCCGAUGUGUCCAAUCAGCUGUAUGCUUGUUACGCCAUUGGUAAAGAUGUCCAGGCAAUGAAAGCAGUGGUGGGUGAGGAGGCUCUGACUCCAGAGGACUUGCUUUAUCUGGAGUUCCUGCAUAAGUUUGAAAAGAACUUCAUUGCUCAAGGUCCCUACGAGAACCGCACAGUAUAUGAAACCCUGGACAUCGGUUGGCAGCUUAUGCGUAUCUUCCCCAAGGAGAUGCUGAAACGAAUCCCACAAAGCACCCUGGCCGAAUUCUACCCCCGAGACUCCAAGCAUUAGCUUGAGCCUCGAGCUCUCUGUUCCUCCAUGCUAUCUUAUCAAAAGAGCUUUCUUUUUCACCCUUGUUGUUGUAUCUUGUUAAUUCCUUGUGAAGCAAAAUGAACAUAUUGUGAAUAGUGUUUUCAGCUGAAGUUUACCUAACAGAGUUUAAAAUACCUAUAAAUGCUACGUGGAGACUGUUAAAACAUGGAUUGGUUUACCAAAGUGACCUCGGUACCCAAACACUCACGUGCAAAAAUAGAGAGACAAGGAAAAUCAAUGGAUU